AUGGCUCUCCGUGCAGCCCUCCUCUUGGCAACCACCGUCGCGGCGGUUCCUGACGUUCCUGCUUCGGACUGGUGUUCCUGGGUUCCCUUGAAGGCCUUCAAGUACGUGAGCGACUGCAACACCAGCACGAGCCAAAGAGAAGUCCCCACCAAGAAGGGCUGUGUCGCCUGGUGCCCCUGGGUGCCGGUGCCCUCAUGGCCGGCAGUGCCCGACUGCCAAGCGUGCAACGCGACCACCGAGAAGAGCGAAGUAUCCACGGAGCCGACCGAGAGGGUCGAGAUCGAGUCGCCCAGAUCCCGACUGAAGGUGAAGGCCGAAAUCCGCUUCCCCGAUUGGUGUCGCCAGGUGCCGCUGGGAAGCUUGCAGUACGUGAGGGAGUGUAGUGGAAACACCCUCCCGGAGCUGUCAAAGAGUGGGACCCAGCCUUGCGUGAGCUGGUGCCAGUGGGUGCCCGGCCCUUCCUGGCAGUACACCCCCAGUUGCCGGGGUUGCUCUCAGCAUGGGGCCACCAGUGGCACAAAUACGCCAACCCCAGGCGCCGCAACCGGUGGAAGAUGCGUGGGUUGGUGCUCCUACGUGCCGAGCCCUUCGUGGCAAUACACCCCCGACUGCUUCGGCUGCUCGCAACGCCCAGCUGCCACACCAGGCUCCGGAAGUCCUUCCACGCCUCAGAGACCCCAAACCAGCACCUGUGCGAGCUGGUGCGGGUGGGUGCCCUCCACCUCCUGGCAGUAUUCUCCAGAGUGCCGUGGCUGCUCGGGAGCUCAACCGGUCGGCCCCGCGUCGCCCAUCCACACGAACGGAAGCUGCGUCAGUUGGUGCCAGUGGGUCCCAGGCCCGUCGUGGCAGUACACCCCUGACUGCCGAAACUGCUCGACCUCCGAAGGCGUGACCCACGUGACCCAACCAAGCAAUGGAACUUGCGUGGGCUGGUGCCAGUGGGUGCCCCUGGCUUCCCGGCAGUAUACUCCAGAAUGCCGCAGCUGCUCCGGGCAAGCCCCUGAGACAGUUGGGCCAGCAGCUCCCAUCGCAAGCAACAUCCGCUGUGCAAACUAUUGCAAGUGGGUGCCCCGCAACUCCUGGCAGUACACUCCCGACUGUCGCAGCUGCUCUGGAAACAUCUCUUCCCCUCUGCCCGUUGGUCCAGCGGCGCCGGUCAACGCGAGCAGCACAACAUGUGUGGACUGGUGCCAGUGGGUCCCCACCCCCUCAUGGAACUACACUCGCGGCUGUCAUGGCUGCUCUGGACAAGAGCUGGAUGGACCAUUCGUGCCGAGCAGCGGAGGCAACGGAAGCUGCGCGGGCUGGUGCCAGUGGGUCCCGCAAGGCUCGUGGCAGUACACGCCCGAUUGUGGCGGCUGCUCCGGCCGAGUUUCUUCCCGACCCCGUCCGGAUGUCACUUCGCCGAAUGGCACGCAUGAGAAUUGCGACAACUGGUGCAGGUGGGUUCCCUUCGCCUCCUGGCAGUACACCCCAGAUUGUCAUGGCUGCUCUGGGGCCGCCGGGGCCGGGCAGCGACCGGAGCGUCCUGUCCCCACUAUUGGAAGCGGCUGCGCUAGCUGGUGCGAGUGGGUGCCAUUCCCAUCCCAGCAAUACACGCCCGAGUGCCGCACGUGCUCUCAGGCAUCCCAUGGAAGUGAGACUGGCACCCAGCCAUCCCAGCCAUCUCAGGCAACUCCGCUAGGCGAAGGGUGUGCCAGUUGGUGCGGCUGGGUGCCCGGUCCAUCGCAUCAGUACACGCCAGAAUGCCGAGGCUGCACCCAGGGAAGCGUCACUGAGGUAACUUCGCCGGCCACUUCUCCUGUGGGAGGAUGUGCCAGCUGGUGUGAGUAUGUUCCACCAUCAGCGUGGCAGUACUCCGCUGGCUGCACGGGCUGCUCUUAUAAGACCCUGCCUCCUGUGUAA